CUCCCAUGAAGACAAACGAAAAGUCGCAAAAGGCAGAAAGAGCAGUUUCCAGUUGCCCCUGCUAAGCAGCGUUGAAAAAUAGCUGGACCAGACUAGAAUGUCGCAAAGUGAAACCGUGGUGGUUGUAACAGGGUUUGGUCCUUUCAGGCAAUACCUGAUUAAUCCCAGCUGGCAAGCGGCUCAGGGCCUUAAGAUGUUGGGACUGGGAGAAGGUGUGGAAGUUUACAUUAGAGAACUGCCAGUGAGCUAUGCUAAAGCCCAGGAGCUUGUAUCCAGCAUUUGGGAGACGGUAAAGCCAAAGUUGGCCGUCCACCUUGGAAUUGCACCGGGGUCCAAAGCCGUCACACUCGAACAGAGCGGGAAGAACUAUGGCUACAAGGACAGAGACGUGUGUGGCUGCUGUCCCCAUGGAAACGUCUGUGUGGAGGGCGGCCCAGACAAACUGGACUCCGUCAUAGACAUGAAGUUCCUCACCAGACGCCUGAAGGGCAUGGGGCUGGACGUUAUUUAUUCAAGGGACGCAGGGAGGUACCUCUGCGACUUUGUCUACUACUACUCGCUGCACAUUGGAAAGGGGAAGGCAGUAUUCAUUCACGUGCCAGCAUCGGGUAGCCUAGCUACCCCAGACAGGCUCGUGCCGCUGCUGCGCACAGUCAUCAUAACGAUGCUACGUCAGCUGGAGGCCUCCGCGCAUCCUGACCAUGACCAGCUGCACAUGGAGCUUCUUAAUGCAGUGUCUACAUAAAAAU